AUGCUGGAUAAACGCGAAGCGUUAUUAAUCAAAAAGAUAUCCACGGAACUGGAAAAAGCGAGAGAGUUCAACCGCUCGGGGAACAAACGAGCCGCCUUGCAAUGCCUGAAACGGAAAAAGUUAUACGAGUCGCAGUGCGAAGUGGUUGCAAAUCAACAGUUGAAAUUACAGGAACAGAUGAUUGUCCUCGAGGGAUCGAAGGCGACGGCGGAGACGUUCAACGCGUUAAAAUCCGGAGCAGGAGCGAUGAAACAAUUGGCAAAAGAAACGGACGUGGAUAAAGUGGAUAAAGUUAUGGACGAGAUUAGCGAUCAGACGGAGAAGAUGAGGCAGGUGAACGAGGCGUUAGGGCAACAAGUCGGGUACGCCGCCGAGUUGGACGAGGACGAGUUAGAGGCGGAGCUGGCGGAGCUGGACGCGUUGGACGUGGAAGACGCGCUUUUGCAGAAAGAAAUCGAAGAACUGGAACCUGGGUUUACUACUCAAAGUAAAGAAGAGGUGGUGGUAAUGCCGGACGUGCCGAAGAUGAAAGCAGUGCCGAAGAUGCCCGCGAACGUGAAGAAAAUCGCCUCCACCGAAGAGGAGGAGUUGGAAGCGCUCAGAGCGGAGAUGGAGCUGUUGGGAUGA